AUCGGCCUUCCAUACCAUGUGCAAUGAGGUCAUGAUCAGGGCGGUGACAUUUUUCUGUGUCUACUUUUGUCUCUACGUGGAGGAGGCUGCACCGCAAACUGAACGCUGUCCGGAGCUUCAGGAGCACCCAUACCUCGCACCUUCCUCUGGCUGACCACCCCUGGUCAAUCACAGAAACAUGUCUGGCAAAAUAACAAAAGAGGAGGAGGAGGAGAUGAGGGAGGUCUUUGCAAAAAUCGAUCUGGAUCACAAUGGAUUCAUUUCCGAUUAUGAGCUCGGUGAGCUUCUUAAAGAGGCCGGCCACGCCCAGCCAGGAUACAUGAUCCGAGAGAUUCUGCAGAAACUGGACCGCGACAGGGACAACAGCAUCAGCUUCACAGAGUUUUUGUCUAUCGUUAAGGAGCUGAAGGGAAGUCAAGUGGCCAAAACCUUCCGCAAAGCCAUCAACAGAAAAGAGGGCAUCCUGGCCAUCGGGGGGACGUCGGAGCUGUCCAGUGAAGGCACACAGCACUCAUACUCUGAGGAGGAGCGAUACGCGUUUGUUAACUGGAUCAACACAGCUCUGGAAAAGGAUCCCGACUGCCAGCAUGUCCUGCCCAUGGAUCCAAACACAGACUCCCUGUUUGCCACUGUGGGAGACGGAAUCGUACUCUGCAAAAUGAUCAACCUGUCAGUGCCGGACACCAUCGAUGAGCGAACCAUCAACAAGAAGAAGCUGACACCGUUCACCACCCAGGAAAACCUGAACCUGGCUCUGAACUCGGCGUCCGCCAUCGGCUGCCACGUGGUUAACAUCGGCGCUUUGGACCUGAAGGAGGGGAAGCCCCAUCUGGUGCUGGGGCUCCUGUGGCAGAUCAUCAAGAUCGGUCUGUUCGCUGACAUCGAGCUCAGCAGAAACGAAGCGCUGGCAGCCCUGCUGAGAGACGGGGAAACCCUGGAGGACCUGAUGAAGCUGUCACCAGAGGAGCUCCUGCUGCGCUGGGCAAACUUUCACCUGGAAAACGCCGGCUGGCAAAAGAUCAACAACUUCAGCUCUGACAUCAAGGACUCCAGGGCUUAUUUCCACCUACUGAAUCAAAUCUCCCCCAAAGGCACAGAGGAGGAUCAGCCUCGCAUCGACAUCAACAUGGCCGGCUUCAGCGAGAGAGACGACCUGAAACGGGCGGAGGCGAUGCUGCAGCAGGCCGACCGGCUCGGCUGUCGACAGUUUGUCACCCCGACUGACGUGGUGAGUGGGAACCCCAAACUCAACCUGGCCUUUGUGGCCAAUCUGUUCAACAAGUAUCCAGCGCUGACUAAACCGGAGAACGAGGACAUCGACUGGGGGCUCCUGGAGGGCGAGACCAGAGAAGAGAGAACGUUCAGGAACUGGAUGAACUCCCUUGGUGUGAACCCCACGGUGAACCAUCUCUAUGUAGAUCUGCAGGAUGCUAUGGUCAUCCUUCAGCUCUAUGAGAGAAUCAAAGUGGAGGUCGACUGGAACAACAAGGUCAACAAGCCUCCUUAUCCCAAACUGGGAACCAAUAUGAAGAAGCUGGAGAACUGUAACUACGCGGUGGAGCUGGGCAAGUCAGCCAAGUUUUCCCUCGUGGGCAUCGGUGGGCAGGACCUGAACGAUGGCAACGCUACCCUGACUCUGGCUCUGGUGUGGCAGCUCAUGAGGAGAUACACGUUGAACGUUCUGGAGGAGCUGGGUGAUGGAGAGAAAGUCAAUGACGACAUCAUUGUAAAAUGGGUGAACCAAACUUUGGCAGAGGCUGGAAAAUCUACCAAGAUCUCAAGUUUUAAGGAUAAGGAGAUCAGCAGCAGCCUGGCGGUGUUGGAGCUCAUCGACGCCAUUCAGCCGGGGAGCGUCAGCUUUGAGCUGGUUAAAACCGGCCGCCUCUCUGAAGACGACAAACUGGAGAACGCCAAAUACGCCAUCUCAAUGGCGAGGAAGAUUGGCGCGCGCGUCUACGCAUUGCCAGAGGACCUGGUGGAGGUCAAACCUAAAAUGGUGAUGACGGUCUUCGCCUGCUUGAUGGGCAGAGGGAUGAAGCGCGCCUAAAGGCCGCCGCUGGGAUCACAGUGACACUUCUACUCCACCCCCUCCUGAAAGCAAUUAGCAUCUGAGAGAGCUCUCCUCUGGCGAAGAAAUGAAGAUUGGUUUUUGUUUUUGCCUUAAAAUGAGUCAGAAUCAUCCAGCUGCAUGCCCCCUCCCCUUCCCCCCUGCCUCUCCUCAUAAACGGAGGCGUUUCCUGAAGGAUCCUGUAUUGAAGGUGAGGCUCCGGUGGCGGCGCUUAUCAACCUGUUACUUAUCAGACUGCUGUUUUUAUUUUUUUUGGGCUUUUGUUUUUUCCAAUACAAGUAUGCAUAAUAUACCAGCUGCAAGGUUGUUUACAUAUUUCUACUCUGACUGGUGAGUAAAUGAUCUCCUGGGCACGGCGACAGACAUUCCUGAGUGCCGUACCAUUGAAAAUAUGCAUCAGAAGGCCAAAAAAAAAUCAGCUGGAAGUUGAAAGGAUUUCAAGUUUGGGUGCGUCCUCCCAAUUAACGCAGUGCCAGCAUGUCUCAGUAGGUGGCGCUGUGGACGUCUGCGUAUCAGAAACCACGAGGUCGCUCCUUGGUGCUGAUCGGUGGGAUUUGCUAACUGUAGCCCUGUACUUGUAAUUUGUUUGUUUUUUCCUGGGAUUAUGAUAAAGCUGUAAAUGCUGUCUUGAAGGGUGUCUGCUUUGUUGUUGGGAUAUAUUUUUUUAAAUGAAUUCUGUCUGUUAGAUGAGGAGCGAUCCAUCGCGACUCUGCUGCCUUCAUGCUGUGCCUUUAACUAUCAGACUGUUUUGUAUUCAUGCUUCGUGGUUUCCUGCUCAUAUUUGACUCUACCAAAAACUCUAACUUCAUUCCAGGGAGCUCAGUGAUGCGCUGAGACCAUGACCAAAUUGGAUUUUGUUUUCUGAUCAUGUCUGUUCUCCAAAAUAAGUACUUUACAUGUAACAAUAAAUAUCACUUUGAAAACA